AUAAACAUGUAACUAAUAGGCCCUCUGUUUUACCAGCAAUUAGGGUUUACGCCUCAGACUAACAGAAAACUCUGCUCACGAAUGGCGGAGCCAGACAUCAGUCCGCAGAUGGAGAACGAAGAACGAAAGGACUACGGAGUGUUAUUGUACUACAAGUACACUGCAAUUCCUGACCUCCAAAAACUCUUCGAUUUCUACCAUUCAAAUUGCACCUCUCUUCCCCUCCUCGGCCGCGUCCGCCUCUCCUCUCACGGCGUCAAUGUGACGGUUGGCGGGAGGUUGAGGGCAUUGGAGGAACACAUCGAGGCAGUGAAAUCUAAUGCUUUGUUCGAGGGGACGGAUUUCAAGCUCGCGUCUUGCUUUGAGCCGUUGGAUAAUCAAGUCGCAAGGGAAUGUGGAUUCACUUCUCUCUCUAUCCGGAUAGUCAAGGAAUUGGUUACUUUAAGUUCUCAUCCCCUAUUGAAGUCUCCAGAGAUUUCAGAUGCUGGGAGGCAUCUCUCUGCAGCUGAAUUUCAUUCUGUCCUUCAAAAUGCUGGGAAAUGUGAGGAAAGUGCUGGUUCUGACAAAAAACUAAUACUGCUAGAUGCAAGGAACUUGUAUGAGACCAGAAUAGGAAAGUUUGAUGCUCCAGAUGUCAAAACUUUGGAUCCAGAAAUCAGACAGUACAGUGACCUGCCCUCCUGGAUAGACAACAAUACUGAGCAAUUGCGAGGGAACAAUAUCCUUAUGUAUUGCACUGGAGGAAUUAGAUGUGAGAUGGCAUCUGCGUAUAUUAGAUCUAAAGGUGCCGGUUUCGAGAAUGUUUUUCAGUUAUAUGGUGGAAUUCAAAGAUAUAUGGAGCAAUUUUCAGAUGGAGGCUUUUUCAAAGGAAAGAAUUUUGUCUUUGAUCAUCGGGUUUCAGUUGGGAGCUCGGAUUCUAAUGUCUUGGGUACUUGUCUUCUCUGCGGUGCUCCAUUUGAUGACUAUACUUCACGCUGCCGGUGUACUCACUGUAGGAUGCUUGUGUUGAUCUGUGAUAGUUGUCGGGAAAAGAAAUCUACUUAUAUUUGUGAAUUGUGCUGGAAAAAUAGUGAGCCUGCUGCAUCAAUUUCCUUGAUGGAUGAUGUGUCAGAAGAAGUAUUGCAACCAGUAUCUUGUGGUGAUAAUUUCAAUACUGAUCAAGGAAGUAAAGGACAACAUACAGCUGUGACUAAGUCAAUCAGAAAACUAAGAAUUUUAUGCUUGCACGGCUUCCGGCAGAAUGCAUCCAGCUUUAAAGGAAGAACAGCUUCAUUGGCCAAGAAACUCAAGAACAUUGCCGAGCUUGUUUUUGUUGACGCCCCACACGAACUACCUUUCAUAUACCAACCCCCUCUGACUGAUCAAAGUCACAGCUGUAAAUCAGCCUUAUCACAGCAGUGCCCACCCUCCAACAAUUGCAAUAGAAAGUUUGCAUGGCUAGUUGCUGCAGAUUAUGAUGGAACGCAUGAUGCUGAAUGGAAGAUAGCUAAAGUUCCAUUUGACUCCCUGCAGUACCAGCAGCAGACUGAGGGGUUUGAGAAGUCUAUUCAAUAUUUGAAAACCGUAUUCUCUGAAGCAGGUCCGUUUGAUGGGAUACUGGGAUUCUCACAAGGAGCAGCAAUGGCUGCUUUAGUCGGUGCUCACAGGGAGAAGCUUAAGGAUGAAAUGGAUUUCAGAUUUGUGGUUUUAUGCUCUGGUUUUGCUGUUAAUUUGACAGAAUAUGCCGUGGGAUCAAUCUAUUGCCCCUCACUUCAUAUUUUUGGCUGCAAAGAGGGUAAAGACAGACAGAUAGAAUGCGAAGCUAGUAGACAGCUUGCUUCCCUGUUCCAGAAUGGCUCUUCCGUGAUUAUUGAACACGACCUCGGUCAUAUAAUUCCAACAAGAUCACCAUACAUUGAUGAGAUCAAGUAUUUUCUUCGACGAUUCCUGUAGCUUAAGUAUUGAUUUGCAGAAUUCAGAUCACCAAAUGAAAUUGACACCAGCUUGCUACAUGUUGCUAAUGACUAGUAUAUGCUCUUGUCGAAUUGUGCAAGCCCCUUCUCUUCGAAGGGUAAGUGCUCAUCGGGUGGGAUGAACAGAUUCAUCAACUGCACUGGACAGGUACUUUUCCAUAACGAGCAUUGUGUAAUAGUUGCACAGUGAUUUGAUAUGUGGGAUCAGCUUUUCCUCACGCAGCUCAGCGGACCAGGUGAGUGAUUGUAUUUGUUCCUUCCUGCAACUCUAUGAAUGAAUACCCUCAACCCAUGAGUAUUUAAUUAUUUUCAUUAAUCUUCA